AUGACCGUGGACCUGCUUCAGGCGUGUCCUGACCUCGACACACGGCCCUUUUCGCACCUGCUGCCGUCACUGGACAAGGCCCUGGUCACGACGAAUGACCUUCUUACCCUCGACGCCCAAGAUGUCGCAAAGCGUGCCCAGGUGCCGGCCCAGGACCUGAAGAAGCUGGCCGACGCGAUCCUGGUUGCACUGCAUCGGGAUCUCGGGUUCGGUCUGGAGGAAGACCAGAGCAACACCUUAUUACCGCCAGCUGGAGACGUCGCCUGGAAUACUAUCAGCACCUUAGACGAGGGCCUGGAUGCUGCGUUGGGCGGCGGCAUUCUCCCAGGGUAUCUGGUUGAAGUGACAGGAGAGAGUGGAGCCGGUAAAACACAACUACUCCUCACUCUGCUGCUCUCGUCCCAGCUGCCUCCUCCGCGAGGGAUCUCGACAUCGGCCCUGUACAUCUCAACCGAAGCUCCGCUCGCGACGACCCGCCUGACGCAGCUCCUCGCGACUAACGCAUACCUGUCUUCGCUUCCAGCAGUCGAGAAGCCCUCCCUCGACCGCAUCCUGAGCAUCCAGACGCCCGAUCUCGAAUCCCAGGACCACAUACUCCGAUAUCAGCUGCCUGUGGCCAUCCGGAAACAUGGCAUUGGACUCGUCAUUAUCGACUCUGUGGCGGCGAACUACAGAGCAGAGUUCGAGAGGGCAGGUGCUCGAGCAGGGGCGACUGCAAUGGCCAGACGUGGUGCAGAGUUGGUGCAGCUAGGGGCUAUGCUACGCCAGCUUGCACGGAAUGAGAAUAUUGCUAUCGUAGUGGCCAACCAAGUCGGGGACAGGUUCACUACUAAUUCAAGCUUUACCUCGAAUCCUACAUCUCGAAACCCGUCCCAUAACAGCCAAAAUGGCGACAUCAAAGAGAAGCCUGGCAUGCCAAAUGUGCCCAGCGAAGAGCCGGAAGUCACUCUGAUAUCUCCCGACCCAUUGGCGCUUGAUCACCAGCAGCGCUGGUUUACUGGCUGGGGCGAUAUUCAACCUUCGUCUAAUGGUCGCACCCAGAACCUAAAAACCCCUUCUCUAGGACUCGUUUGGGCGAAUCAGAUUUCUUCUCGCCUCGCGCUCACCAAAGAACCGGUAUACAACACCCAGCCGCUUGUCGCAACUACGAAUGGGCAAGACGCCUGGAACGAUGGCGAGAAAGAAAUUGUGAAGUGGCGGCGGUGGCUGAAAGUGGUUUUUGCACCUUGGGCUGCGCCAACUGAUGCUGUGGGCGUCGAGUUCGAGAUUUUAGGGGCUGGCAUCAGACACGUAGCACGAGAGGCCAGCGCUGAUCAAUGA